AGCAUCCAAUAAAACCAAACACCAAAGCUCGAUUACCUGGCUACCUGUCCACCUGUCUACCUGUAUGCUUCUUAGUCUGUCUGUCUGUGAGUCCUCAGGGUGUUGAAGCCGUGGAGCUGACACAAACAUGGCCGGGAGUAUUUCAGUUCUGUCUUUGGUGGUGCCGAUCUGGUUGUGGGCCGCCUCAGUGACCCCUGUUCAGAGCAGCUGCCAAGACUGGACGCCCCACCCGUCCGGUGACUGCGGCCGCUACGUUCGCUGCUUCGACGACAUGACGGUCUUUGUCAAGAAAUGUCCUGCCAAUCUUCACUUCAACCCAAAUCUUCGUGUCUGCGAUUGGCCAUGGAACGUGGUGUGUGGUAACACGUCCCACUGGGUGCCACAGAAACCACCGACCACAACCCCUAGUCACAGCACACCCUCGGAGUGUAUCUAUUCAUGUCCGACAGGCGUUGAGUGGGGACGGUUCCCAGAUCUGGAUACAAACUGCCAAGCGUUCUACGAGUGUGAAAACGGUCACUGCAGAAUUGGUCAGUGUCCGACGGGUCUUCAGUUUAAUGCCUUAAUUCUUAGCUGUGAUCUUCCUGAAAAUACACUUUGUCCAAAUUUCCGUGCAAAAGACCCUUGUCCGAAGAAAUAAAGUCAUAUGGCCAAGAGGUUAA